GCUGCGGGUGUCAUCUCAACAGCCUGGGGAGCCUGGGGUACUGUGUGGUGAUGCUGGGCCUGACAGCCUACAUCAUCACCACGGAGGUGCAACAAUUCAUCAAGUACUUCGAGCUGCCCUGGCCAGACCAUAGUAUGCCCUACAUUGAACUAAACGUCCAUAUUGGUCUGGUUGGAGCAGCGGCCGUCCUGCUCUUCUUCUUCUUCGUGGCGGCCGUGUUCAAGAUCGGCAACCAGGCCAACGAUGGCUACAGGCUGGGGGUGCAGGACGGAGCCUGUUCCCGCGACCCGCCGCCCCUGCCUGGCGCCGCUGGGGGUGUUGUGAGGGGGGCCUGGCUCCACGGGGGACCCACUGCACCAUUCAUCCAUUUGCUGGUGGCUCAUCUACUCAUCCUGGCUAGACUCAUCAUGGAGGCCGCCGCCACCAAGGCUUCGUUCCUGCCUGAGAGUACUGUGUGGUGGUCGGAGUUGUCUAAGGUCCUGCCGCAGAAGGAGAGGUUAGAGAUGUUCCAAUCUUUAGCGGCUCUCGUUGGCACCACUGCGCCUCCCUCCCCAGACCCCGUGGCGCUGCGGUACGAAGCCUCGGCAUCGGUCACCUUCCAGGCGCCGGAGGUGACGAAGGAGGAACCUGACGACGAGGACGAGGACAUGUGGCACAUCGGGGAGAUCCCCUGGGGCCCAUUCUCCCCCCACUUCCUCAACUACCUCCUCGCCCACCUCGUCUACGCCGGCAGGUACGCCGGAGUGUUCUGGGGGACCAACAAGGGGCUCGGUUUCGUCUUCUUCUCGCAGCUGUUGCUCAACGCCGCCCAGAACAUCUUCGCCAUCUCCGGCUUCCAGGUGCUGUACAAGGUGCACGUGGUGGGCGCGGAACACGUGCUGCCGGUGUUCGAGGGCUUCCUGCUGCCCCUGCCGGUGUGUGUGGCGGUGUUCAGCGCCUCCCAGACCCUGGUGCUCGCCUCGGGCUCCGUCCUCUACUUCUACGGCCUCCUCAAGUUCAACGCCUUCCUCAAUGCUGAGAAGGAGAAGUAUCAUAUCCUCAGCAAACACGGCCACCAGCAGACACCAUGGAGCUACUGGCCACAGUGCUGGGGACUGACGCUGCUGGUGCUGAUGACAGCAGCGGCCUCCCCGCUGCUCCACGACUGGACGGUGGUGUACAGGGCCUCCCUCGACACCUCUGUCUUCGUGGCCUCCAUCGCCACCAUCAUCCACCUCUUCGUCUGGAUCGUCCUCUGGAUGAUCCUCACCAUCAAGUCUCGAUGGCACUUCAAGUUGAGGGUUCAGAUCUCUAAGACCAUCGUCACCAGCACUCACUCCAUCAGACUUGUUAACGAGGUCCAGCUCUCCAAGCAGAUCGAGGACACGGAGGGCCCGGUGAUGGUGAUCGGGGCGGGGAAGACCUACCUGCUGCAGGAGGGCAGUCCCAAGAGGUCCCUGAUGAAGCUCGUCAUGCACACCGUCACGCAGAAGAAGGCUCGCGGGGAGGAGGAGGAGAUCUACUGGCUGCGCCCCAAGCCCCCGCCUGGCGGGGAAGGGUCCUGGAGCAAGCGCAAGCACUCGCCUGGGGUCAAGCACAAGGUUACCUUCAACGACACGCCCUCCACCUCCAGGAAGCGAGACUCCGGGAGAGGUCAGUGCCCCGACGUGCUCCACAACCUCUCUGAGUCUGAGACGUCCGACAGCGACGGAGACUACGCUAGACUCCGCGACGUGUCCUUCCCCGGACCCACCCGGCGGCUUUCUCACAAGCCACCCCUGCCAGCUCCCCCCGAGUCUUGCAGCCCCCCAGCUCCACCCCCUAUGGCAUCCCCACCAGCUAUCCAGCCCCAUCAGAUGGCUCAGCAACCCCUUCAGAUGGCUCAGCAGCCCCAUCAGAUGGCUCAGCCACCACAUCAAAUGGCUCAGCCACCCCAUCAGAUAGCUCAGCAGCCCCAUCAAAUAACUCAGCAGCCUCCACAGGUCCCUCAGCACAUGGCUCAACACCCCCCUCAGGUUCCUCCGCACAUGACACAGCAGCCUCCCCAAGUCCCUCAGCACAUGACACAGGCACACAUGGGUGUUCAACAACAACAGCAGCAACAGCAGCAGCAGUAUCAACAGCAGCAACAGCCACAACAACAGUAUCCGCAGCAACAACAGCAGUAUCCACAGCAACAACAACAACAGUAUCCGCAGCAACAACAACAGUAUCCGCAGCAACAACAAAACUAUCAGCAACAGCAACACCUCACUCAGCCAAACCCACAAAUUCACAUUCUUCGCGGAAAUUCUAUGGAGAGCAGCCCAGGCCGUAGUGGGGACUCUGCAGUAGUGAUGGGGGAAGUACCACGCAACUCCGACUCCUCCUCCACCGCCUCUUCCGUCAGCCCACCUGACAAGCGUUGCGACUCUGGCAUUCACUCCCAGGCAUCCUAUUCCUCAUCCUCAGCCUCGCACUCUAAAUCAGGAUCCUCUGGGUCAGAAAGUUGUGUGCCUAUCCCAACAGCGGGACCUCCUCGUUGCUCCAGUGUUGAUGAUCUGUGUCGGACACAACCACCGCCACCACCCCCAGAAUCCUGUGUUAAGAGCCUGUCCUUGCAGAGAGGUGUUGUACCUCCUACUGUACCUCCUUCAAAUCAUGGCACUACCUCCAAUACCACAGCUAACACUGCCCAGGGAAAAACAGGACGGUUGAAUAUUGAAGUGGUGGGGGGAGGAUAUGGCUUCCUUCCACCCUCUAAGUUUGUGGCUUCUGAGCCUGUUUACAGUGACGCUUCCACACCUGUGGUGAUCAAGCGACGAAGUUCAGUCACUCAAGUAGAGCCCGACACGCCUCCUUAUGAACGUUCAGGCUCCUCCUUCAGCACAUUUACAGAGCCUCAGCUACCAAGAGCAGUCUUGAAGAGUAAUCCAUAUGCUGCCACCAAGUCCCAGACAGUGGCGGCCCAUGGGCUUCGUGCACGACGGCUGCCUGCAGCUGACGCCAAGCAUGCCACCAUCGCCGGUGUUGUGCCCCCCAAGGGCUUCCAUCAGCCGGGCCACAUCGACUCGCGCUACUUCUCUGUGCCCGCCGUCAAGCCGCCAGGUACCCGUGUGCACCCGGCGCCCACUCCCACCCUCUCCUAUCGCACCCCCUCCCUCCACUAACUCUCACGCCCGUAAGUCAUUCAUGCCCACACCCGCAUGUAUCCCUUAAACACACAUACUAGCACUAACACAACUUUACUCCUACAUGACAUCCACACCACCUCUACAUUUCAGUCAUCCUGCACACUUGCCUGCAGACACUAUCCCACUGCAUAUAUUUUAUCCACACAUUUCCUUCAUUUUGUUUCAUUCUCAUAAUCCACCAUGGCCUUGAUUUUUAUAUUUUUUUUUUUAGUAAACCACAAACAUAAAUAUACCCUUGUCUUCAGUUCCACACCAAUUUGCAAGCUGUAAAUUUGUUUUCUAGUACCAUCAUCUACCUCGUGCACCAGUCAUAUAAAACACGUAUGAAUUUAAAUCUCUUGGCCAGCCCUAAACGUACUUAUUCACAUAUUCCAAGCUGCAAAGCACCACUGGAAUCCAGGACCCUACACUACACUAGGCAGAAGGAUCACCAUACAGCAUUCUGAAUACCUCAUGACCUUUCUACCUUCAUUCUACUGCAUGAAUGUCUUGCUAAUGGGGAGUUCAUUUGUCUAAUAUGCUUUCAUAAUUUUCUUUGCUAUUGCC